UGAACCUGACUUCACUUCAUACAUGGUGUAUGGUGCAGGAUUUAUUGCAAUGUAUGCUACUCUUGCAAGUCGAGAUGUGGAUUGUUGCUUAAUUCCAGAGUCACCCUUUUACCUUGAAGGUCCUGGUGGACUUUAUGAAUAUAUAGAGAAAAGACUCAAGGAAAAUGGGCACAUGGUUAUUGUGAUUGCUGAAGGAGCAGGACAAGAACUUGUUUCUGAGAGUGUGGAGUCCAUGGGCACGCAGGAUGCUUCUGGAAACAAGCUUCUUCAAGAUGUUGGCCUAUGGAUAUCCCAAAAGAUUAGGGAUCAUUUUGCUGAACAGAAGACACUACCAAUAACUCUCAAAUACAUAGAUCCAACUUACAUGAUCCGAGCUAUUCCAAGCAAUGCUUCUGAUAACGUGUAUUGCACACUUCUUGCUCAAAGUGCUGUUCAUGGAGCAAUGGCAGGUUACACUGGCUAUACCAGUGGACUUGUCAAUGGAAGACAAACUUAUAUACCCUUCUAUAGAAUCACUGAGAGACAGAACCACGUAGUGAUAACUGAUAGAAUGUGGGCUAGGCUUUUAUCUUCGACAAAUCAACCCAGUUUUUUGGAUGUGAAGGGUGACCAUGAAGAGACGAAGGAAGAAGAAACAUUGCAUCAGGUACCGAAUGAUCGAAUUUCCAAAGUCACUUUGGAUAACAACGAAAUCAGCCAUGUCUAUCCUGCAGCUUGCUAGUUAUUGUUGUGAUUUGUGACCCUUUGUCAUGCGAUACACUUAAUAGUAUAUAAGAGCUAUCAUUUUGCCCUUGUUUGUCAAUAAGAUGGCUGUGGAAAACUCAGCCUUGCACCAUGAAAAUGCUUGUCAGAAUGUUGUUGCUUUCCAAUGAGAUUGCUUUAUCUGGAAAUGAACUUUCAUUGGUUUGAA